GUGCCUCCUGCUCUCCAGGCCGCCAAGCUGUCCUGCCCCGGCCCCUGCUCAGCGGCAUGAGCGGCUCGCGAUGCGCACCGUGCCGCGGCUGGCUCCCGGCGCUGCUGCUCCCGGCGCUGCUGCUGCUGCCGGCGCUGCCGGCCACACGUCUCGCCCGCGGCGCGCAGCCCGUGCUUUGCGCCCCCUGCACCCCGGAGAGGCUCGCUGUGUGCCCGCCCGUCCCGCCCGACUGCCCAGAGGCUGCCCGGCAGCCCGGCUGCGGCUGCUGUCAGAUCUGCGCCCUCGGGCCGGGGCAGCCCUGUGGGGUCUACACCGCCCGCUGCCGCCUGGGGCUCCGCUGCCAUAUCCCUGCCGAGGAGUCCCGGCCCCUCUCCGCCCUCAUCCAGGGGCACGGGACGUGCUUGCCCAUCAGCGAGGUCGGAGGGAUGCGCACAGAAGAGCCGGCAGAUUCUAUAGAACCUGAUGAUAUGCCUCUGGAAAGCACUGAAAUAACACAGGAUCAUCUGCUGAACUAUCAGUUGAUGUUUCCCAUAGGCCAGGAUAAAUCCAUUCCCUGGAAUUCCAUCACUGCAUAUGAAAAUAUGAAAGCAAAAAGAAUAUCUGAACCCAAGAAAUGGAAAGAGCAGGGUCCUUGUCAGAAGGAGCUUUACAGAGCCCUGUAUAAAUUGGUGAAGGCUCAGCAGAGAAGCAGAGGAGAGAUUUACAAAUUUUACUUGCCCAACUGCAACAAGAAUGGAUUUUACCACAGCAAACAGUGUGAAACUUUGCUGGAUGGAGAAUCUGCUGAAUGCUGGUGUGUCUAUCCGAAAAAUGGCAGAAGAAUUCCUGGAUCUCCAGCAGUUAAAGGAGACCCAGAAUGCCAACAGUAUCUCAACUCACAAGAAUAAAACUAAACUCUAACGUUUUUCACACCAAGCUUUCUGUGGGAUCUGUUAUAGUCAGGAACUAUUCCAGUCAGGAGCCAUUUCACUAAGGUAGUCUUGUGCACCUGAUUUUGAGUGUAUGAGUAACCCCAUAAAGUAACAUUUUUACUGCACUGAGAUUGCCUACAUGUUUAAGUGACAAAUGUGAGCUACUGCAAGAUCAAAUCCUAUAAUCUUGUAUAUAUUGUUUGUAUAAUAUUAUAUAUACUCUCAUAUGUAAAGCUGAUGAAUUAUUUAUUUUGCACUGCAUGUAUUUUGUCUCUUCAUGUUCUUACUAAUUUAUAUUCUCAAACACUUCAUAACUUUAUAUUUAAAUACUUAAUAUUAUUGUGCUUAAAUAUAUCAUCAUGUUGGAGGAAUGCUGCAACUUAAGCCUUCAAAUGGCAUAGCUAUUGGAAAAAACGGCUUGUAAACUUGCAUUUUUGUACUACAUAUUUAUAGAUGUAAAACUGAAUUUUUAAAAACAGAUUUCAGUAGAAAGCAUGCGUAGAAACUUAUUUAAAACAUGUUUUGUGAACAUAUUAUGUUACUUUUGCACCUCUGUUUCAAUGCCAGUCUGUUUCUUAAAAAAGAAGUAUUAUAUAGUAUUAUAUACCAAAGCUCCUGAUGGGACAGUAUUUGAUAUUUUUUAAACAUAUACACUGGAUAAAUGACAAAACACAAUAUGAUAUUCUGCACCACCUUUGACAAGUGUAAGUUGUUCACAAUGUUGAUGAUAUUUAAAAUGAGCUAUUAAAAGUCUUGUGCUCUGC